AUGAGACGAACUUACGAGUACUACCGCCGUCACGAUAUCUGCACAACUCAAGUUCAGCGGCGAUGGGCCCAGGUCCACGACAUACGCUUUGUGGCAACACGGCACAACAGCACCUCUAUACACAACAAAUAUCAGGAUAAGCUAGAAGAGAAGGCCCGAGCCGAGGGCUUUGAGUCAGUAGAACAAUUGAAAGCAGCAUAUGAAGAUAGGAUAAAGAAGUUGCGGAAACGAGUAGGCCAAGAGUUGGAUAAAGUCACGAACCCAGAUGCGCAGAUAGCAGCUCAGCAGAGCCAGGGUCACUCCCAGUCUCAGAAGCCAUUCCAUCCUCCACCACCCCCACAGGCGCAAACCUCGAGUCAACCUACAAAGUCACCAUCAGCAAAGCAAGAUAGCGGCGCACCAGGGAUAAAACCAUUAUCCUCCUACCUCGACCUCGACAAGGUCGCUUCACUACCAAACAAGGAGAUCGAAUACCUCUGGCGGCUGCGUCACGCUUCAGAUCCCAAGUCCUUAUGCGCGGUCAUACCCUUGGAAGUAUACAAGCGCAUAUACGAGACAGCAAAGACACAUCCUCGCUUUAUCCUUCCACUCCCUCGACCAGCGGCAGAUGACGGAUCUGGAGAUAUCAAGCAGUCUGCCGAUGGCUUCAGCGACUCGAACGAGCCAAGAGCAGCAAGUGAUAUUCAUUUCUUGCAGUGGUCUUUCCAUCCGCCAGCUGGUCCUCCGCCUGCGCCGGGAAGUCAGACGGCGAACACGCAUACAAGCACUAUCUUGUUCACACACCUGGCAGCAUUCAAGCUGCAUGGAGAGUACGCACAACCCCAUACGACGGUGACACAUCAUCUUGACCUUGCAGACUCGCAUGGUCUGGUGCUGCUAAAUGGCAGCGUGGUGGAUUCACGAGGUGUGAGCGCUGAGGAAGCCAAGUGGUUGUUGUUGUGUAUGCAGAAGUUCUACGACCAUGGUGGACAUGGUGGUGGGAUUGGAAAAGAAAAGCGGCAGAAUCUGCUAAAGAAGUUUAGUCAGGGUGAUGCGAGUUUCGAUGUGAAUGAGCUCGUGGAUGAGGCGGAACGAAUAUCAUGA